ACAAAAUGCCCGCAGGAGCCCUCGCGAACGUCGAGAGUGGCGGGCAGCGUUCUCCGUCGGUGCGCCAGGAGCCGGAGCGCUUCGCGGGAAGCCGCGCGUGGCCGGCGCAGGGAGGGUUGGAAGCUCGCGCUCCCCCGCCGCUCUCCUCCGCCUCGUCCCCCCCCCCGACCGCCUUUUUCCUCUCGCCGGCUUCUGCCUUCCCCUAAGGGGGUGGUGGUUGGGGGCCCUUCCGCUCAGCGUCCCCGUCGGCAAGAUGCGCCCCCCGCGGCAACUUCUCCCGCGCCUGCUGGUCCUCUCGGCGGCUUGCCUCGGCCUGGCGGGCGGGCUCUUUCUCUUCGGGGAGCCCGAGUUCUCCUACAAGCGGUCCAACUGCAAGCCCAUCCCCGCCUCCCUCUUGCUAUGCCGCGGGAUCGAGUACCCCGACAUGAGGUUGCCCAACUUGCUGGGCCACGAGACCAUGCAGGAGGUGCUGGAGCAGGCGGGCGCCUGGAUCCCGCUGGUGCAGAAGCAGUGCCACCCGGACACGCGCAAGUUCCUCUGCUCCCUCUUCGCGCCCGUCUGCAUCGCCGACCUGGACGAGACCAUCGAGCCUUGCCAUUCGCUCUGCGAGCAGGUGAAGAACAGCUGCGCCCCGGUGAUGUCCGCCUUCGGCUUCCCUUGGCCCGACAUGCUGGACUGCGCCCGGUUCCCCCAGGACAACGACCUGUGCAUCCCGCUGGCCAGCAGCGACCACGUCCUCCCGACUCCCAGGGAAGUGCCAAAAGUUUGUGAUGCCUGCAAAAACAAGAAUGAAGACGACAAUGAAAUUGUAGAAAAUCUUUGCAAAAAUGACUUUGCUCUAAAGAUAAAAGUGAAGGAGAUCGCCUACAUCAAUGGAGACACCAAGAUCACUCCAGAAACAAAGAGCAAAACCAUCUACAAGCUGAACGGGGUGACGGAAAGAGACCUGAAGAAGACGGUGCUCUGGCUCAGAGGUGGCCUUCAGUGUACCUGCGAUGAGAUGAAUGAUAUCAACGCACCAUAUUUAGUCAUGGGACAGAGGUUGGCUGGGGAGUUGGUAAUCACCUCCGUCAAACGAUGGCAGAAAGGCCAACGAGUUUUUAAGAGGUUUUCACGCAGCAUCCGCAAGCUGCAGUGCUAAUUGCUUGGAGUUUCUGGUCACAUUUAGUUGCCCUGCCUUAAGUUCUUUCGCAUCUUCUUCCCGCAGCGAUAAACACCCGGUAGCAUGAAAGAGCCGCUUCUUUUAAGAAGAAAAGAGGCUUCCCUCCUUCUAAUUGUGUACAUAUAAUAAACUAUAAUUGCCCAAAUCAUGAUUUUUCUUCUGUAUAAUUGUUUCCAAAAUGUAUUGUUUAGAGCUGUCCAAAACCUAACUUUGAUCUUCUUUAUAAUUCUUCCUUUAAUUAUAUUCAUAAUACAUUCUGUCUGGCUAACCUUUCUGCGUAGGUUAUGUAUCCAUUUGGGCAUUGGAGUCGACUUGUUCAGUUUGGUUUUGUUCCAAGUAAAAACAAAUGUGGGAGCCACAGUGUGGGAGAUAACAGCGCCAAUUUUAAAUGCCAAUUUUGCAACUUGGCAUUUAAAAGACAAAGUUCAUUUUAAAAACUUUACUCUAACAGAAAUUGUAACUCAAAGAUGGGCAAAAUAGAACUCAAAAAUAUCUUGAGAGUUUCUUUCCCCAAAUCCUCUGCUGAAUUAUACAUGCUUAGGGCCUCUAACGUCCAUGAGUUGGUGUGCAUUAAACUUCAAUCUCAUGCAUACUUCUGUGGGGAGGUGCACUGCACUUUAUGGGACUGGCGUCUGCCAACAUACGUUGCAUUGAAAGCGUGCUAUAAACUAUAGCCAUCACUAUGUCUCUAUUUACCUUUGAAUAUUAGGCCUAAUUUUAUGUUAUCGGGAAUGCGUCAUCUAGUUUUAUUCAUUACAGAGAAAUUAUCCAUGCACAUGUGCUACUUGGGCAAGAAGUACAUCAAUAAGUGUGUAUUAAUCAUUUGCACAUAGUAUUUUAUACAAAGCUUAGUACUGUUUUAAAUUGAAGUACUUUGAUGCUUCACAAAUUAAAGGUUUCUGUAGCCUAACUGUAAAGUAAGUAGUGGCUCUUUGAAAAAAAAAAAAGUUGUAAAAUAUUACUUUCCCAAACCUUGUAAAUAAUCCAGAUAAACCUUAUAUUCUUGUAUAUAAACUUUACAUCAUAGUUUACACUUUGUCGUGUUUUUGUCUUUAGGUUU